AUGCCAACUACAACUGCCGAGACCCUCUCGCUCGUCACACGCAAUGUGUCUGUUGCGCCCCUCGUUCUGCUUUCCGCCGUCGAUCACUAUAUCCGCAUCGAUAUAAAGAGGGCGACCAAGAGGAGAGUUGUUGGUGUCCUGCUCGGUCAGAAUGACGGCAAGAAUGUGAGGGUGUCAAACAGCUUUGCAGUUCCUUUCGAGGAGGAUGAGAAGGACCCAUCCGUGUGGUUUCUUGACCAUAACUACGUCGAAUCAAUGAACGACAUGUUCAAGAAGAUUAACGCACGAGAGAAGCUGAUAGGAUGGUACCACUCCGGCCCUAAGCUGCGCGCAUCUGAUUUAGAGAUCAACGAGCUCUUCAAGCGCUACACACCAAAUCCGUUACUGGUUAUUAUUGAUGUUCAGCCGAAGGAGUCUGGCGUACCCACCGAUGCUUAUUUCGCUGUUGAGGAGAUCAAAGAUGAUGGCACUACAACUACGCGAACGUUUUUCCACACUCCAUCGAUAAUUGAAGCCGAGGAGGCAGAGGAAAUCGGCGUCGAGCAUCUUCUACGAGAUAUCCGUGACGUCGCUGUCGGUACGCUGUCGACACGAAUCACAAAUCAGCUCCAGUCCCUCCAGGGCCUCCACUUACGCCUGCGCGACAUUGGUGUUUAUUUGCAGAAGGUGCUUGAUGGCCAGCUUCCAGUUAAUCAUGCCAUUCUCGGCAACCUUCAGGACGUUUUCAAUUUGCUGCCCAACCUCUCGACCCCGGAGGCUGAUGGGAAAUCCAGCGGCAGCGAACUUGCCCACGCCAUGAGCGUCAAGACCAACGAUCAGCUUAUGACAAUCUAUCUCAGCAGCUUAAUCCGCGCCAUCACCGCAUUCCACGAUCUGAUAGAAAACAAGAUACAGAACCGCCAGCAGCAGGAGGAAAAGGAUGCCAAAAAGGAAGACGCCAACGGCAAGGACGAGAAGAAGGCUAACAGCUCAACCGAUUCAAUCACGGAAUCCAAGGAAGGAGGUGAGAGGGAGAAGGAGCCAAAAGACAGGAAGAAAUAA